UCUAGUCUGUUUCCGCCCUUCCUGCCGUCUGUGGCAGGAUAUGGACAAAUAGGGUUAGGUUCUUACUGGACCCCGAUCGCAGCUGUUCAGUUUCUCUUUCUCAACAUGCUGGGAUGUCCACGUCUCCUUUCUGGGUUUCUACCUGCUGCUUCUGUCUGCUCUGGACUCUAGUUGAAGGAAAGCAUCAGCUGAUUGGUCCAUCUGAGCCAAUCGUAGCUGCUCCUGGAGAUGAUGUCCUCCUUCCAUGUCGGGUGGAUCCUGAGUGGGACGCCGUGGGGAAGACGGUGGAGUGGUCCAGACCGGACCUGAGGGUCCCGGGCGGACAGAAGCUGGUGGAGUAUGUGUACGUGUACCGGUUCAAGAAGAUGGACCGAGACAUGAUGAUGGAGACGUACAUCCAGAGGACGUCUCUGUCAGAAGAAGGACUGAGACAUGGAGAUGUGUCUCUUUCAAUCAGGAACGUGAGCUUGGAGGAUAACGGGAGGUUCAGAUGUUUCCUCCCAAGCCUGAUGAGAGCUGCAGAAGUUCAUCUUAUUGUCGACCCAAACUUUGUUAAAAUGACGACAACGGACACGGUUCCUCACAGAACCCUCAUCACUCCAACCCCACAGGAUGAGACCAGCAGUACCGAUCGUUGGACCAGGCUCCACAUUUGUUUACCUGUUUUGUUGUUCUUCAUCAUUUGCCUGAGUGCAGUUUUCAUCUUCAUCGUUAAAAGAUGCCGACAAAAAUAGGAAGUUCUUCGUCUGGCUGCUCUCAGACUCUGCAGGGAUGACCCAAACCUUCAGAUCAACACGGGCUUUUGACCUUUAUCCCAGGAGAGAAACCUAAUAUUCUGUUGAGCAUCAGGUUGAUCAAGAUGUUUGCAUAUUUUAUCUGUUUCUGUUCAGAAAUCUGUUUUCUUAAGUUACAAACUGAUCUAGAAGCAUGUAUGAAUAAUGGGAAACUGAUGGAAAAGAUCAAAGUGACGAAGAAUAAAGCUGCGUAAAAUUGUACAAAAAAGUAAAGAAAAUAAAUGUCGUUUCUGGA